GAGAAGGUAUCUUUAAAAUCAUAAAAUAAGUUUGAUUGGUUGCAUUGGCUGCCAGAAUGGUGGUAAUCCAUUCGUCUAAUUUGUAUUUUGUAUUUUGUAUUUUGGAGAGUAGAGAGUCUUAUCUUCUAGCUUGAGUUCCGACAAUUGACAGGUAUCGUCUCCGGCUUAUGAUGUUUGAACUUUUUAACAAAAGCACCCGCCCGUGCCCAACCCAGAGCCGCAAAGCCAGAAAUUGGAUGCGGACGGACCAUCAAUGCUUCCAGGGUGCGAGUGGAACCAAAGAUGCUGCUGAGUUGGGCUUGGAAUAGCUAGGCCUCUUACCGACUCUUCCAGUUGGGAAUUGGGAAUUGGGGUUUGGGAUUUAGGAUUUGGCAUCUUCCAGUGGGAACAGUACUGUGCUCCAUCAAUCCACAAAUACCAUAAGUACCCUCUCCUCUUUAGUGUGAGGCUGAUACGCGGCGUACGCCAAAGUCCAAACAACGAACCCAGAAGUUGAACGUUGAACCCCUUCCUCCUAGAGUCAUAGGCCUCUAUCGUAUGCAAGACACUGCAAACCAUAUGUGGUAGUCAGACAGUCGAGCCUUCCAUUUCAAAUUCAAACCCAGUUGUUGUUCGAUCUUAACCGCACUCGAGCUCUGUUACGGUCAUGGAGUGGGUUCAGGAUACAGAUGACUCUUAAAAGAUCCAUCAAAAUUCAAAACCAAUCACAUUGAGGAGCUGUGCAUUAUAAUUGUUUGAUGAAAUGCCAAUAUGAUUACGACCAUGAAUUUCCUUUCUUUGGCAGUGACUAUUAUCAUUUUUCGGGGUUUUCUUGCACAAACUAGGUAACACUACUGCAGGCAAUCCGAUAUAAGUCAGAUUAAAAAAGACAUGGAUUCGCUACUUGCAGCAUCCUACCAUAAAUCUACUACAGCCCAACUGCAAAUUUUCCGAUUCAAACCGUUUACCAAACCUGAAUUUUCGAGGAAUUCUUUGUCUCUCUUUAAGAUUGGAGCCACUAUUCGAUCGGGUCAGCCCCAUUCCCAUAGGAAGCCACCCAAGAAUCUCAGAUAUCCGCGGCGCCCAAAGCUUCCACCAGACCCCGUCGUCAAUAAAUUCAUAAAGAAGAGAACUUCUGGAGCAGACCCACCUCAAAGGCACCCGAAUUGUGAGAGACCUGAAUCGUCUGAUAAUGAUGAUGCCGCUGAAGAGUAUGAUACUGCUGCCACUGUUGAUGAUGAUCCUGUGUGGAGCUCAGACGAGAUUGAGGCAAUUUCAUCUCUUUUCCAAGGAAGAAUAGCUCAAAAACCCGGGAGUUUGUACAGGGAGAGGCCUCUCCCGCUCCCACUUCGUUGCAAACUCGGACCAUUGAGACUUCCUACAUCUAAGAAACAUGUGAGAAUGAUUUCUCCACUCUCAUCUCGACUUUCCUUGUCUAAGCAAGCAUACAAGAACCCUGAUUUCCUACUGGGUCUAGCUAGAGAAAUUAGGAGGCUUCCUUCAGAUAAAGAUGCAUCUGAAAUCCUUAAUAAGUGGGUUCAGUUCCUCCGAAAGGGAUCCCUGUCCUUAACAAUACGGGAAUUGGGUCAUAUGGGUCUUCCACAGAGAGCUCUGCAGACCUUCUGCUGGGCUCAAAAACAAUCUCAUCUCUUCCCGGAUGACCGCAUCCUUGCUUCAACCAUUGAGAUUUUAGCAAGGGCCCAUGGACUGAAAAUGCCUUUUGACUUGGAGAAGUUUAUGAGUUCAGCCAGUCGGACUGUAAUUGAGGCAAUGGCAAGGGGUUUUAUAAGAGGAGGCAAUUUGAAUCUAGCUAGGAAGCUUCUCUUGGUUGCCAAGGAUAAUAAAAGAACACUAGACCCAAGCAUCCAUGCAAAGCUGAUACUAGAGCUUGGGAAGAACCCAGACAAAUAUAAUCUUGUUUUGGCUUUGCUAGAUGAGCUUGCAAACAUAGAUGAUCUGCAACUGGAGCAGCAGGAUUGUACAGCAGUUAUGAAGGUCUGUAUUAGACUCAAGAAAUUUGAUAUUGUUGAGAGUCUCUUUAACUGGUACAGGGAAUCUGGACGUGACCUGAGUGUGGUCAUGUACACUACUAUGAUCCAUAGCCGCCACUCUGAGAAGAAAUACAGGGAGGCACUUGCACUCGUCUGGGAAAUGGAGGGAUCAAAUUGUCUCUUUGAUCUUCCAGCUUAUCGUGUUGUCAUAAAACUGUUUGUCUAUUUGAAUGAUCUCUCAAGGGCUGUAAGAUAUUUCUCACGACUCAAGGAUGCAGGUUUCAGUCCAACGUAUGAUAUAUACCGGAAUUUGAUCAAGAUAUAUGCAGUUUCAGGGAGGUUGGCGAAGUGUAAGGAGCUCUGCAAAGAGACAGAGAUGGCAGGAUUCAAGUUGGAUAAGCAGAUGGAGUCUCUUUUCUUGGUGCUGGGAAGAAAAGUUGGUUCAGUUACUUAAGAAUGCCAGUUUGGCUGUUCAGGUGAUCAAACAUGUCUUUUCAUAUUGGUUUGUUUCAAUAAAUAGAGUAUCUCUUAUUGAGUGUGAA